AUGUCCAAUUCAAUUCCCUCGUCGAUAUUAUUGCUUGGGAUCAAAAAUUUCGCAGUUUUUGUGAUCUUAUCUCAGUUAUUGGGGUAUCACAGCGUGGAAGGCGAUGUCAAGUUCAAGGUGGAAAAAACAACCUUGCCAGGACCACAGUAUCCUUUGGUAGGACUUCCUUUAUUUGAUGAGCAGACCAAAGGGUGGCGAAUUUUAGGACAUCCAUUCGUCCUAAAAUUCCAGUUAAGAUGCGUGCUUAUGGGAGCUCCUUGUGAUGUUAUUGGGAGGUGGCUAAAACCCCGUGUCGAAAAAAUAUUGCUGGAAGGAGUCUGCGAACAAUGUAUUGGGAACCAAUUACAAAAAGUUGAAGAUUGGGCGACCCUAUUUGUCGAAAAGCAGCCCGAACUGUUUCGAGCAGCGAUGGCAAAAUACGCCGAAAAUUUAGGAAUCCCCAUCCCCAGCGAUGAACGAAGGAAAAUGAUUCAAAUUCUGGGAACAUAUCCUUAAAAACAGGUCAUGGUUAGAUAACCAUACACGAGAAAAACAUUUACUUUCGUUUACAUUAUGAAAAUUGCAUAAUGAAAUAGAAUUUUAACUGUUUAAAUAUUUAUUGCUGAUUUUUUAUAAAUCACUACAAGUGAAAAGGGUUAUCUGUGAUAUAAGCUUUAUGUGUAGAAUUUAGUUUAUUUGGAUAAGAAUAGUAUAACAAGGUUGAAGGGUGACCAACUCAGGAUCAGUCAUUUAGUACGUAAUUACAUUAUAAAAUCAUAUCAUAUGCAAUUUGUGUUGUUAUACAUGCAUAGGUUAUCUUUAAGUGUUGAAUAAAUAUUGAUUCCGAUCUGUCACAGAUCAUCUGUGUA